AUGGCUGACAACAUGGAUCUGGAUCUUCCUGAUGAGCGUGGAACUAAGCGCGCCGCGGAGGAGACAGAGGCCGCUGGGCCGUCCAAGCCCAAGAGAAUUAAGGCCCUUGAUCCCGAUGUCGUCAACAAAAUUGCCGCUGGAGAGAUCAUUGUUGCUCCAAUGCACGCGCUGAAGGAACUGAUUGAAAAUGCUGUCGAUGCAGGUUCUACCUCGAUCGAGGUUCUGAUCAAAGAUGGAGGAUUGAAGCUGCUACAAAUUACGGAUAAUGGGCAUGGAAUUGAUGUGAGUCGACAUCUCAUUCUAACAGAUAUGGAAGAUCCGACUGACUUUCUCAAGCGCGAUGACCUUCCUAUCCUCUGCGAACGAUUCACCACGUCUAAACUUAAGGAGUUCGAGGAUCUCUCUUCCAUUGGCACAUAUGGAUUUCGUGGCGAGGCCUUGGCCAGUAUCAGUCAUAUCGCUCAUUUGACGGUGACAACGAAGACGGCUGGGUCUAGCUGCGCCUGGCGGGCACAUUACGGUGAUGGGAAAUUGGUUCCAGCAAAGCCAGGACAGAAUGCUGCACCCAAGGCGACUGCUGGUCGCGGAGGAACACAGAUCACGGUCGAAGAUUUGUUCUACAAUAUUCCUACUCGCCGCCGGGCGUUUCGCUCUGCAAGCGAAGAGUACGCCAAGAUCCUCGACGUGGUUGGUCGAUAUGCAGUACACUGUUCAGGCGUCGCCUUCUCGUGUCGCAAGCAUGGUGACUCGGGAGUAAGCAUCUCAACUCCUUCUGCUGCUAGCAUCGUCGACCGAAUCCGCCAAAUCCACGGUAGUGCCGUGGCAAACGAAGUGGUCGAAUUUGAGACUUCAGACAGCAAGCUUGGCUUCCGUGCCUCGGGCUUAGCUACCAAUGCGAACUACCAUGUCAAAAAGACGGUUAUCCUCCUCUUCAUCAACCACCGUGCCGUGGAGUCCACUGCCAUCAAACGCGCCGUGGAACAGACAUACUCCGCGUUCUUGCCAAAAGGUGGACAUCCUUUCGCGUAUAUUGAUUUGGAAAUCGAGCCUCAUCGCGUGGAUGUUAAUGUGCACCCAACUAAACGCGAAGUAAACUUCUUGAAUGAGGAUGAGAUCAUCGAGAUGGUCUGCAAUGAAAUAAGAUCCAAACUUGCCCAGGUGGACUCCAGCCGAACAUUCCUCACGCAGACUCUCUUGCCUGGUGUUCAGACCAUUGAUACCAUCCAACUCGACCAGGGUUCUUCCAAUGAAGGUGUAACAGAUGGAAAGACAGCAGGCACACCGAAAACACCCGCCACCUCCAAAAGACCAUACGAAAACAACCUCGUUCGGACGGACUCUAAAGUCCGCAAAAUCACCUCUAUGCUUGCCCCGUCUCCUGCACAACCUGACACACCUACCGCCCCCGGCAACAAGCCAUCACCUAUACUGGAUGACAGUCUCCAAUACGAAACCACAGACCGUCAACCCCUCCGCAUCGCCCUCACAUCCGUCAAGAGCCUCCGCAGUGCAGUACGCGCCACCAUGCACAACACAUUAACGGAGAUGUUCGCAUCACACACCUAUGUCGGCCUUGUGGAUGAACGACGACGCUUAGCCGCCAUCCAAUCCGGAGUCAAACUCUACCUAGUAGAUUACGGUCUCGCUUGCAACGAGUUCUUCUACCAAGUCGGACUAACAGACUUUGGAAACUUCGGUGUCAUCCGGCUGGACCCCCCACCAAAGCUAGUGGACAUACUCAAGAUUGCCACCGAGGCAGAACAGCAGGAACGCCCCAGCAAUGACGCAGAUGCAGAAACCAUCUUCGCCAAUGCCGCAGAGAUGAUAACUCGGACGCUAAUUGAGCGGCGUGAAAUGCUAGACGAAUACUUUUCAUUAAAAGUCAGUCCGGAAGGCGAACUACUUACAAUCCCACUCCUGUUAAAGGGGUACGUGCCCUCAUUGGCAAAACUCCCACGCUUCCUACUCAGACUCGGUCCCUAUGUGGACUGGUCCGGUGAAGAAGAAUGCUUCCGCAGCUUCCUCCGUGAACUAGCCACCUUUUACACUCCAGAACAACUCCCAGUCUCUCCAUCCAAGGAACCCUCCAACCCCGAAGAAGCAAAUAUUCACGAAGACCCAAUGAUCACAACCCGCCGCGCGCAAAUGAUCCGAAUGCUAGAAUACGCUAUAUUCCCCGCCCUCCGCGGGCGGCUAGUGGCUACAUCGCGAAUGCUCAAGGGCGUGGUGGAAGUCGCCGACCUUAAAGGUCUCUACAGGGUCUUUGAGCGAUGUUAA